AUGGGUAAUGAAUAUUUAAAUGAUAAAGAUAAGAAAAAGAAUAAAAAAGUAAUUGAUGAAUUUACAAAAGCAAUAAAAUUAGAUGAAUAUUUUCAAGUAAAUGCUUAUUAUAAUCGUGGAUAUGCACGAAUUGCUGAAUAUGGUCAAGAUUGUCAAACAAAUAAAAAUCAAAUUGAUGAAGCAAUUAAUGAUUUUAAACAAGCAAAACAAAUAAUAAAUGAUAAUUUUGAACCAAUGUUACAUAUAAUUCAACAAGCAUCAAAUUCAGAAGCAAUAUCCGAACAAGUAUCACAUAAAAUGACACUUUUUGGUAUACAAAAAAAUACAAUUGAAUUAGCCAUUGGUAUUAGAAAUACAGUUGAUACUGAAAUACAGGAACUAAAAAAUCAACAAAAACAAGAAAAUAUAAAAAAAGAAGAUAUUGAAAAUAUUCAAAAACAAAUUGAAAAUUUAGAAAAAAAUAAACAAUUACGAGAAAUUGGAAUUAUUGGUCAUGCAAGAAAAAAAAAUCAUAAUAUUGAAAUUGAAUUUUUGGAAAUUGAAAAAUCAUUACCGGAAGAUCAAGAUAUUAAUUUAUAUAAAGAUGAAAUUGAUGAAUAUAAAAAUAAUGGAUUUCGAGGAUGUUUCAAAAUAAAAGAAAUAAAACCGAUUGAUUGGUGGUCAGUAGUUUAUGUUGCUGCUCUUGGUCUUGCACAAUUAGUUAGAGGAGCAGCACUUGUUGUAUUUACUCUUGGAGCUGGUGCUUCAAUUGGUUUAGGAUUUAUAAUUGAAGGAGUUGGUGAUCUUAUAACAGCAGUAAAAGAUGGUAUUAUUAAUCGAGAUUUUAACUGGGUAUCAUAUGGAAUACAAAAAGCAAUUAGUUUGACUGUAUCUCUUGUAUGUGCUGGACUUAGUGGAAUAAAAGAUGCUGCUAAAACUGCAGUUGCCGGUGUCAAAAGUAUUGGUUCGGUAUUGACAACAAUAGUAAAAGAAGGAUGGAAAAUAGCGGCAAAAGCUAUUGAUACUGGUUUAGCUAAAGGUAUAACUAAAGAAUUAGUAACACAACUUGUUGAUUAUGGUGUAAGUAAAACUUUGAUGCCCGCAAUACAAGAUGAGAUUAUGCAACGAAUUGAAGGACCAAUACAAAAUGCAUUACUGGAAAAUUCUUGUGUAAAAAUAAUGUUAGAAUUAGAUGGAAAAAAUCGAAAUAGUCGUUAUGAAAGUUUAAUUAGAACAAAAGCAAUGGAAUUGUUGAAUUCAGAUGUACAAAAAAGUGCACUAUUAAAUAUAACUGUUAAUAUAGCUAAAGGAAUAGCUUCACAGAAAAUAAACGGUUUAUCAACAUUAUUAAAAGCUUAUGAUAUGGUACAAGCGUUAGAUGAAUUAACAACAUUUCUACCUAAUUUUAUAGAAAAAUUAAAUGAAGUAAUAGAUAAAAUAUAUGAGGAACAAAAGAUUGAUGAACAAAAAUCUAAGAAUGAAAAUAUUCCAGAACAACAACACACAGUGGGCAUUCAAGCGGACAUUUGGCCAAAAAGUCGAAAAUGA